AUGGCAGAUGCCUGUUCAGUACAUGUUAAUUGUGGCGGGAAUGAUGUGACAAUUAGAGAAAGUAAGGGGAGAUCUAUUAUUUACAAAGGAGAUGCUGACGUGGAUGGUGGUGCAGCAAAGUUAUAUAAAAGUGACAAGAAUUGGGGAUUUAGUAGUACUGGAGACUUCAUGGAUGAAAAUAUUUAUCAGAACACUCGAUAUGUAGAUUCCUUGCAGGGGAACACAAGCUUAUCACCAUUGUACACAACCGCACGUUUAUCGCCACUUACACUCACUUACUUCGGUUAUUGUUUGGAGAACGGGGAGUAUUUGGUCAAUUUGCACUUUGCGGAGAUCAUAUUCACUAACGAUAGCACAUAUAGAAGCCUUGGUCGUCGGAUAUUUGAUAUUUAUAUUCAGGGACGACGUGUUAGAAGGAAUUUUAAUAUUGAAGAUGAGGCUGGUGGGGUUGAAAGGGCGGUGAUUGUACCGUUCAAUGCUAGUGUGACCGAUAACAUUUUAGAGAUACGGUUUUAUUGGGCAGGUAAAGGGACAACACGUUUUCUUAGAAGAGGAGUCUAUGGACCUCUUGUAUCAGCGAUUGAUGUUAACCCAUACUUUAAAACAUGUUCAAUGGGUGGAAAAAAGACAAAAAAGGAUGUUUAUAUAGGUGUCGGGAUUGGUAUUCUAUGUCUUGUAUUGUUAAUCUUGGUCAUUUUGUGGCGGAGAAAAUGUUUUAAAAGACGAAGAACUUAUGAAAAAGAUUUUGAAGGAAUAGAGUUCAACAUCAUUUCGUUUUCGUUGAAAAAACUAAAAUCAGCUACGGAUAACUUUAACCCUUCAAAUAAAAUCGGGGAAGGAGGUUUUGGAGCAGUUUACAAGGGUACAUUGAGUGAUGGCACUGUGAUUGCAGUGAAGCAACUUUCAGCUCAAUCAAGGCAAGGAAACCGAGAGUUCUUGAAUGAGAUUGGUGUGAUUUCGUGCUUACAACAUCCAAAUCUUGUUAAACUCCAUGGAUGUUGCAUUGAAGGAGACCAAUUGUUGCUUGUUUAUGAGUACUUAGAAAACAACAGCCUCGCAAACGCUUUGUUUGAUUUGGGUAAAAAUCGAUUGAUGUUGGAUUCGGCAACGAGGUUCAAGAUAUGUAUUGGAAUUGCUAGAGAUUUUGGAUUGGCAAGGUUAAAUGAGGAUGAAAAGACUCACGUUAGCACGAGAGUUGCUGGAACAAUAGGAUACAUGGCACCUGAGUAUGCACUCUGGGGUUACUUGAGCGAUAAAGCAGAUGUUUACAGCUUCGGGGUUCUAGCGUUAGAAAUCGUCAGCGGCAAGAACAACAACAAUUACAUUCCAACAAACGAUUGCAUUUGUCUUCUAGAUUGGGCUUGUCGAUUGGAAACGAGUAAACACUAUGAAGAGCUUUUUGACGAGAGAUUGGAGUCGAGAAUCAACAAAGAAGAAGCGGAAACAAUGGUGAAAGUUGCGCUUUUGUGCACGAACGGUUCUCCGUCGAUGAGGCCGACGAUGACAGAGGUUGUAAGUAUGCUCGACGGGAAAACUUGUGUGCCGGAGAUAAUUCCGGAGGCAAGCGGUUACUCCGAAGAUCUGAGAUUCAAAGCGAUGAGAGACUUUCGGCGUGAGAGGCACGGUCAACAUAGUUACAACAGUGGUCAAACUCAGAAUUCUAACACCAUCCAAACAGAUACAAACGAUUCUUUUACACAAUCAUGAUAACUGUGUUGAUGAACAAGAAUUCAGUUGGAAAUUCAAAACCAUUGUAAAAAUUCUUUAAUUUUGAAAAUCAGAACAUUAUAUUAUAUGAAUGUAUAUAAAACAACCCCACGUUACAUCUUUGUGUUUAU